AUAUUGAUGAAUGCGCAGGUGUAACCUGUUUUAAUGGUGGCGUUUGUAUUGAUGAAGUCAAUGCCUUUACUUGCCAAUGUGCAGCCGGAUUUUCGGGAAAUAACUGUGAAUCAGUUAUUGAUCCAUGCAUGCAAAAUCCAUGUGAAAACAACGGCGUUUGCGAGAGUUCGUUGACAGACUACACAUGUCAGUGUCCACAAGGCUACACGGGAGCAAGAUGUGAAACAGGUCAGUCUAGUCAUAAUUAUUUUAUUAUU